GGCUGGUGAGUGGGAGGGGCCUAAGGUACGGCGGCCGCGGAAGCCCAAGAAUCCCCUUCGGUCGAGCCGGGCGAGUCUGAAUGGGGUCGAUGAAGGAGCACGGUAGCGGCGGGGACGCGCCGGAGUCGCGCGAAAGGAGGCCCGUCUUCACCCUGGACGAAGUGGCGAAGCGAAACACCGACAAGGAGACCUGGCUGGUCAUCAGCGGGCGCGUCUAUGACGUAACCCGCUUCCUCAGCGAGGUGGCUAUGCUACUUUAUGCAAAUGAGGCCCCCCCACCCUCAGGAGGGGACUGUUUUCCGCGAUACGGGAGCGGGGGCUUGUGGGUGGAUCCAUUCCCGCCCAGGGACUUCCUGGGAGCAAGGAGGGAGAUGCGGGGCCUUGCUGAGGUCAUGAAGGCCCCAACCAGGCCUGGAGGGGCCGAAAGGGGAGACCCCAGCUGGCCUCUGCCGGACGGGGUGAGGGGGCUGGAAAAGGCUGGCCUGCAGGCUAAACAUGGCGGGGUGGUGAUGGUUGGGAUGGCUAGGCCCCCGACGGAGCCUCUUCCAGCCUCCUGGACUUUCAACUGCAAGCGGCCUGUAAAUUGGGAAAGGCAGAACACAACGUCAUAAAGUCCAGGCUAACUUCUUCCAGCUCCUGACAGACACAAGGCGUUGCUUUGCCAUAGCGUCCCCUGUCUUCCUUCUAAGACUCUGGGCAGGUUCACCCCCUCCCCACAACUUCAGUGGGCUGAGUUUCCUCAGUUAUCCUUUGAAAAUGUUAAAAAUGUAUACAUAAAAAGUAGCAACACACAGAGAGUAAAUCUAAUCAGUCAGAGUCAGUUGGAGGACCACAUGGGAAUGGGGGUAAAACAAAUGUUUUGCAUGUAGUAGGCAUACAGAUUCAGUCCGCAGCAUCUCCAGUUUAAAGGGUGGUACACUCUUGCCUGAGAUGUUGGAUGGCCAGUGUGAGGGGGAAAGGGCUGGGAAAAGCCUUGGAGACCCACGGCAUGUCACUUUAGAUAAAGGGGAGGGCAGGAAAUUAUCUGAGGCCCUAUAAGUAUUUUCAGGCUCCCAACUCCCAUCAACCCUAAUGACCUAAUUAUCCCAGUGGCCUGGGAUGAUAGGAACUCAUUGAUUUACUUCUUUAUUGCAUUUAUAUCUCCCUUUUUUCUCCAUGGAGCUCAAGGUGGCUUACAUGGUUCUCCUGCUCAUUUAAUCCCCACAACACCCCUGUGAGGUAGGUUAGGCUGAGUGAAUGGCCCAAUGUCACCCAGGGAGCUUCAUAGCCAAGUGCAAAUUUGAACCCUAGUUUCCCAUGACCUAGUUCAACACACCAACAACUAUUUCACACUGGCAGUCCAAAAAUAUCUAGAAGGCUGCAAGUUUCCCCUCCCCUUGAGGCAGACAGUACUAGGCUGGUGGACCCAGUGGGUUGACCACUUGGCAGCUUUGUAGGCACACACAACUGCUUAUUGACUCCUCUAAAUGAGGACAGGAUAGGAGUAAAUGCUUGUUAAGGGUUUGCAUAAUUCAGCUAACCCUCUGUGUGAACAUAUCUUAUGUUGCAGCCUCUAUUAAGAAUUUAGGAUCUCACAGGGUUGAUGUGAACAUUUAUAUGAAAAGGAUUUUCAACUAUUUGGAACACUAAAAUGCUUAUAGAAAUAAUUAUUAACUGCUAGCAGCCUUGUACCUGGAAUUGCUCAGGAAUUCUAAGAAAUCAAAACAUCAGUGCAGUUUUGAAAGGUCCAGUUCAGUGUGCCAUCUUGAUUUCUAAUGGCUUCCCAUUGUACCCAAACAAAGAUAAAAGACGCAUCCUUGAUCUCAGGAACCAUUUUGCAAAAUUUGGUUACAGUGUCUUAAGAGGUGUCCAAAUGCAUAGCAACCAGACAAACCAUUUUCCAAAAUACCUAAUAGAUGCCAGUAUUUUAAAAAGCAAGGUAAGUUUUGCAGGAAGUGGCCACUGUAUUGGAAAUAUCCAUAUUUCAGUGCCUGGUAUCUAACAUAUAAUAUUGUCUUAAGUCUGAUUAAUUCCUCAACUGCUUAUGAGCUAAUUCCCAAUUCUGGCUACUCAGUGACUUUGAAGUUGCUGUUUACUUCCCAGAAGUACUGAUUAAGAGGGUUGGGGGUGGAAUUGUGUGUGCACACAGACACACAUGAUCACUUUCCUCUUUCCCCUUCCCAGCAGUCCACAGUGUCUUAAGACAAGACAAGACAAGACAAGAAGUCUUAAGCUUCUGGUAAAUGCACAUCCACACCAUAAUCUGAAUCAGAUCUAGAUUGCAAUACCAUCUGCAAAAAGAGUAGUCUGGAGACUGAGGACUGUGGGUGGUCUAAAUUACUGUUUAUUUCACUUAAGUUUCUAGACCUCUUUUUAUUGCCUAUCCAGAGCAGUUAACAAUCACUACAUAAAAGCAACAUAAAACUAUACUAAAGUAAUUAGUGCUUCGUUUUUAAAAAAUCGAUAGCUAAUCACAGAGAUAAAAGGAAAUUUCAUGAAAACAUCGUAAAUUUGCAAAAGAGCCUCAUAGGUUUGUCCUAAUAUAAAUAGCCUUUACGCCAAUUACUAGCUACUUACAUGCUUUGGCCUCUUUGAUAAUGUAGUCUAAUGGAUUGAGGCCACCACUGAGAAGACCCCACUGUGUGUUUACACUUGUGUGCCUGUGUGUGAGUUUAACCAAGGCCUCUUCUACUGUUUUGAAAGGAUGGAUGAGCUCACAAGGAAAGAGAAGUGCUUUCUGUGGGUCUUAUAUUGAAGCUGUAGAUAGUACCUUUCAGACUCCUAGUUAGUUCAGUAGUUCCCAAACAUCUUCCCCCAUGAACUGCUUGAAAAUUGCUGUAGUCUUGGAGGACCACUUAUUGCUCUUUCUGCCUAUUUUAGCAAUUGUACUGCAAUGUUCUUCAACCUGAAACUCUUUGUGCUUUCUUGCUGCAUGAUACAUGAGUGAGAUUGUGGUUCAGCCUGAAGUGCUACCACAGGCUUGUUGCGUAAAGCAGAGGAGGCCUCUUUGCAAAGAGAUAAUUGUGUUCUGCUCCUGGGGCUCCAGCAGCUUGUCGGUCAACGGGCCAGAUGCUGAUUUAGUCCUUGAAGCCUGCCAAUUGCAGCAGGGAUUACAUAAAUCCAAUUCUGUUUAGUAAUGUUGCAGCAAAGAUUACAUAUUAAAGAAUGAGACAUUAGAUAGACUUUCAUGUAUAGAAGCACAUUGGAAUGAGGGAGACCUGGAACUCCAAAAAGCUAGGAAUUGAAUUCCUGGGUAGCUCAGGAGCUGCCUGUGAACACCAGCUGGGUACCCAUAAUGUAUUUCAAGGGAGGAUGCACAGGAAUGCUUGCUUCUGGGCCCCUUCUCUUGUGUGCCAAAUUCUGGGCCCUCACUAUGUCUCCUGCUCUAAAUGCAAGUUGCUAUGAGACUUUGGAAGAUUUAAAAUCAAACGUCUGAAUAGCAUUAGCUCCGGCAAAGAGCUUUGGGUUCCUAUACUUGUCUAGGCUGGGGGCAUCUUUGCUGGGUACUUUCCAACUUGGUUUGGCAUUCUGUUCUCUACUGUCUGCUUGAUCACUUGGAGAAAAAUUUUCUGGCUGUAAAUGGCCUUUUGGCUGUGGAUGAAUUCAGCUUCUCAAACUGACUGUAUAUCAGAUCAUCUGUCUUACUGAUCCAGCUUUUCUAAGUGACAUGGAACGCCAAAACUGUUCUUUAAGGAGAAACUUAAAACCAGAAGAUACCAAGAACUCAAGGCAGCAUGACACACACUAGCCUAAUUCAAAAGCUACCUUUGUAUUUGUCUUCUCUCUCCUUCUCUCUGGUAGUAUGGAAACCAGAUUCAAUGCCUGAGAGAUUAGUUAGGGCUGAAUACUAUUCAUUCUCAAAUAAGCUUUGCUUAACUUCUUUCCAUGCCCAUCCUUAACUUUGCAGUUCAUAAAGACAAAGGAAAGAAGUCAAUUGCUGGUGGCUUAAAUCAAGCCCUUUUCGCUUGUUGUCCAUUUCUAAGGCCUUCAGUGUCCACACCUCUUUUGUCAUUCUGGGGAGAAAUGUGAGCUGCGAAAGGGGGAAGCUGAUGACGUCAAUCAGAGAUUACUCUCAUCACCUCUGCCCCCUGCCUCGCCCUUGGAGGCUUCUUCUUUUUCUUUUUUUUACCCUGGGAGCAAAAUCCACCCCAGGGAUCCUUCCAGCACAUUGAAGGUGUGCCUGGGCAUGUUUUGACUGCAUUGUACUCUCUGACCUGAGAUGCUGUAUGUGGCUCCUGCUCUGCCAAAAGUCAGUGGCAUCUACAACCCAAGGGAGAGGUGGCAGGAGUCCAAACUAUUGGAAGUAAAACGCAGAUAGUGUAGGAAGCUUCUCCUUUUAGCACAUCGGGCAAUUGACCACCUAGCCUCACACUAUUUAUUCCAGCUGCAAGUAUCUGUCCACUAUUAUUGCUAUUAUUUAGAUUUCUUACCUGCCCUUCACCAUAAGGUCCCAGGAUGGGCUGCAGCAAUGUAAAAUAUAGUUAAAAACAACUUUGAAUCAGAAGUAUAGGGUGGGCCCUAAAACAUUUAUUUAUUGAAUUUAUAUAUCUUCCUUCUAAGGGUGCCCAGGGAGACAAACAUACACACAAGCGAUAAAAGACCAAAUAUCAAUUUGAGUACAAAUGCAGACAGACAGAUAGAUAGAUAAUCAGAUGUUGAAGGCCUGUAUAAAGAGGUACAUUUUCAACAAUGACAAAAGCUGUAUAAUGAAGGCAGACACAUCUAUGUGAGGAGGGAAUUCAAUAGCUAUGGGGCUGUCCUAGAGAAUGCUUUCUUCCGGCCUGCCACUAUCCAUGUCGGGGUCAGGUAAAGGGUUUUUGUUUUAACCAAAGAUGCCAGCAGGGAUUAAACCUGGGACUUCUUGCAUGUAAAACAUGUGCUCAUUCCUUGCAUCUGUGGAACCAGAAAGCACCGUAGUAAUCAUAGCGAUUCUAGCUUUGCUCAUCCUGGCAACCCUGCAUCCCACUCUUUAACUCUUCACCAACCUGGUGGUUCCCACAGUUGUUCUGGACCAGAGCAGAUGGGUGUCCUUGGGUGGAAAAAUGGCUGUUAAUAUCAGAGGUACAGUUUAAAAAAAUCAGAUGGGUCUUAAGUGGUGCUGAAAAACAUUGCAUUUGUUUUCUUUUAUUAUUUUAUCUUACAUUUAUAUCAAAGAAUACUCAAGGCUGCACAUGAUUAAAAUACAAAUACAGUACUGUAAAUCUCCAGGCACCUGAUGUGUGCUUAAGGGACGAACAUUAAUGCAUUUCCUGACCAUGGAUAGAAGGAGUAAAAUCCGCGGACCUCUUGCUUGCCAGUACUAGGCUUCCAGGUUCUUGGAUGGCCAGGGCCUUAAUUUUCCAAGCAUGUUUAAGGAAACUGGAUGGAAUUAUUGAGGCUUCCCAUAGUGGAGAUGGGACAUUAAGGCUGCAAUCCAACUACACUUACCUGAAAGCAAGUCCCAUUGAAUUCAUAAGGACUUACUUCUGAGUAGAUAAGUAUAGGAUUCAACCGAGUGCAAUCCUUUGCAUGUCUACUUGGAUAUUAUUCCCACUGAGUUCAGUGGGACAUGCCUUGGGUUGUCAGUUGUGUAUAUGCUGAGGAAGAGAAGCUGGUGUGUUUUUCUUGCUGCUUUUCGUUUUCAUAAUUCCUAUGUUGUUGUUCUUUGCAGCAUCCAGGUGGAGAGGAGGUUCUGCUUGAACAAGCUGGUAGAGAUGCCACUGAGAACUUUGAAGAUGUUGGCCACUCUAUGGAUGCCCGAGAGAUGCUUGACCAAUACCUUAUAGGAGAGGUUCAUCCGGUGAGGUCCUAGUAUGGGGGGGAAAUUGGGAAUGUUUGUAGCUUUUAUUUAAUAAGAAUAUCCACCUUUGGGUACAGGCUGUGGAGCUCCAGAGAGAAGGUUAGGCACAAACUAUUCUUUGCCUCUUUUGUCAAAGAGCUUGUUGUGGGUUUGGGUGGGGGAGCUGAUUAAUGUAGCAGCAUGUGCUCUCAAAUGACUUGAACUCAGCCUUUGCUCGCCUCCUGCCCUCCAGUUUUGGACUACAACUCCCAUAAGCCCCAGCCAGCACAACUGUGUUGGAGUAGAUAGUAUGACCAUGCAAGCUGGGGCUGGUGGGAGUUGUCAUCCAAAACAACUAGAGAGUACCAGUUUGGCAAGACAGCUCUAAUGUCCUGGUUUUAUUAAAUAAGAACUUUGCUCCCAGUUCAUUUCUGGGAGUGAGAAGUGAAGGAUGCCAGGUACCUCACGUGGCUUGGGCUCUUUCUUGCAUGCCAGAAAUAUUUUUUUCCAGGAGCUUAACAUCCUUUCUCUUCUUUCUCUUCCUUUUCUUCUCUCAACAGUGUGACCGUAAUCCUAAUGCCUCCAAGGUAAGUCACUAUCCUGGUGAUCUCCCCUACCUCCCUUUAUUCUAGCAUUUUGGGGCACUUGAAAAUGUGCAGUGAGAACGGGCAUGUUGAAUGCACCUACUCCUCGGUGAGCAGAGCUCACCUCACUUUGGCUUCAGCAGUGGUAAAACAGCUGAACAUAGUUAGGGUGCUGCAAUGAGAGCUGCCCUGUUGCACUAGGAGUGUUUGGUCGGUUUCUGCCCUUAAUUGGUCAGCAUGGGGAUGGGGGUGCUGUCUGUGGGCCUUUUCCUCUAGAGAGCCCAAGGCCACUGGUGUUCUGGCUGCAGGUCUUGUGUUCUGCCUCUCACGUCCUCUCUUUCUACCUUGGGGCUUCAGUUCAAUGAAGAACUCUCCUUCCGCAGUGGUUCUGUGCCAUGCUGCCUUCAAACGUGACUAUAAAAUUGUCUGUAGUACAGUACAGGCAGAUCAAUGCCUAUCUGUGUUCAGAGGUGAUAUUCCUGAGAGUAAAAGUUGCCGGGGAAGUUGAAUAAGAAUGGAUUGUUGGUCUUACUAGGGUUGUUGUUAGGUCUUUAAAGGAUGUGGAAUGAAAAUGUGCAUAUGCUAAUUUAUAUGUGUAGGUGUCUCUGGGCAGUGUGUGUGUUAAGUUUUUUAAAUGACUGAAGGAAGCAGAAGAUUUGGGGCCUGGUGCAAAAGGCCUGGUGCUUAGUCCCUCUGGGCUACCAACUCCCUUGCCCUCCCUUGAGAACUUCUUGAUGGGACAUAUGGUUGGCCACUAUAGGAAAGAGUCUGCUGGGCCCCCUUCAGCCUGAUCCAGCAGUAGCUGCAGGGCUCUUCUUACUUCCCUCACAAGAUAUUCAGUUCUGGGUUAAAGGUCCUGGGUUUCAGGACUGUUUACCUUUGCUGGAGGAGAGAGGAUUUCCUUGUUCUGCACACAGCAGCUUUCAAUUGUAGCUGGUUGAGUGGGUGGGGCUGAAAGCACUCUAGGUAUGGAACACAUCGGAAUACCUGAGCAGCCCCUUCCCAGCAAGUCUACCCGGGAGCUGACCUGUCAAACUCUGUGUUGCAGUUGUUGGGAGAAUUCUGAGCCUGUCAUUGAAGAGCAGUUCCCACGAUUGGAGAGCAGCAGUGGGAGCCAUCCGCUGGCUAUGUAAACACAGCCAUUGUGGGUUGCCCAAGUCCCACUGUGUGGUGCCCAGCAGUUCAAUCAUUUAUGAUGAAAGGAUUAUAACAUUUCUCCUACCUAACUCGAAGCCCAUUCUGUGUAUUAUCCUCUCUCUCUCGUCAUGCUCCCUGACUUGUGUCAACAAAGGCUUGGGGUGAGCAUGAGGUCCCAGCCAACAACUUGUUGAAUUUGUCCUGAGAAUUUAAGCAUUUGAUUCUGUGCUACACUUUGCCCAGAGAUGUGCCCAUUUGCCACCAGGGAGCAACCUCAGGUUAUUCACAGAAGACCUAAGUAGCUUCUCUGCUGCCUUGCUUCUUGGUCCAGAGUUGGAAAUGACUUUAUAUGGGAAACACCCACUCCCUGUCCUUCAUGUGUUGUGUUAGUGUCUUGGGAAGCUGUAAAGUCAAUACCUUUCUGUGAUUUAUGAUACCUGGGCGAGAAAAAGAGUCUUCACAAUGUUUUUCCUACAAACAUAAAAACACAUUGCAGUAGUUUCAUUUAUAGAACCACCCAGAUUUAAAGUUUCAGAGUGACUGGUGCACAAGGAAAUAUGUGGUGUGUGUGUUAGCUAGAUGAGCGUGGCUAGUUUGGUUACUGCAGUUUGAUGCAAGCAAACAUGACAGUUACUGGGUUUCUGGGUUUUCUACGUAUGGGUCCCCAUUUUGGAAAAAACAACAACAGGAAAAAAACAAAAUGCUACGGGCAUGCAAACAUGUUUAUACUUUUUUUUCAUAAGAAGAAUGCCAGGCAAACUUUUGUGGCAGGAACAUUGUAAAGAAAGAAAAAGUGAGUCCCACUUAAAUCUUGUCUAAGUGUCACUCCUUUCUGACAAGUGAGGGUUUUUUUUCCUGAGGAGAGGCAUAGAGUAGUGUGGGUGGCCUCAGCCCUGUCCCUAGAACAAAGCCCUGGUUGGCCCAUCUGAAGAAAUGUGCCCAGGCAUACCCUAUUAUUUGGAAAUGACUUCUGUCUGCUCUGCAGUGUCUAAUGGCUUACUUGAAUCAAUUACUAAAAGAAGGGUUUAGACACUGAGGAAGAAGCUGAUGAUGUUUCUGGUCCUCUGCCUUUACACUGAUUCCCCCAUCUACACUUUACAUGCCCUGAAAGGGAGUCCUGUUUUCCCCUUUCAGGAUCCUGAUGGCAUGGUUUGCAUCAUAAUUUUCUGGACUGUUUACAUAGGAGACCAUGGUCCUUUUGUAGCAGAGCCAACAAAUGAGUGCUAGCCCUUUGCAUAUAUGUCAUAUUUAAAUGGCCCCUGUGUUUUCUGUCUCCUUUGCCUCUGCAGAACUUGAGGUACCCCUCUCCCCUCUGCUCCUCAAGCCUUUGAGCCUGUUUUGUGUCUUUUCUUCCUCUGCCAGGCCUAACCAAAGGGGUUGCUUUUGCUUGCUCACCGCCUCUUCUUCUUCCCUAGCUGCUUCUUCAGUGUUGGUUUUCUGCAUACUCAGCAAAAGCAACUUGUGUGAGUCUCAAAAGCUAAUGAAAUCUUCUGUAGGGGGAAACUCAAUGGGUUUAGUAGUGUUUACUCCUGCUUUUUCCUUUUUAAAAAAUAAAUAAAAUUAUCAUGGCUAAAGAAGGGAAAUGGUCCCUUCACCUGGGGGCCAAUGCAGGCAUUGCCUCUUCCAGUGGUAAGGAGACAUGGAGGAAGGGCCUUCAUAGCCAUAGAGAGUGGGAGUUUGAUCCAGGCAUAGAUAGUGGUAUUGGCAGGAGCUGGAACAGAGCACCGGGAGCUCACCCCCUUGAGCAGGUUCGAACCACUGACCUUUUGAUCGGCAAGCUAAAGAGGCUCAGUGGUUUAGACCACAGUGCCACCCACUCAAAAGUAUGCUAUACUCAAAAGUAUGCUAUGCUCAAAAGCACACCAGUGUGAAUAGAUAAAUAGGUACUGCUAUGGUGGGCAGGUAAACAGCAUUUCCAUGCACUCUGGCACUUGUCACAGUGUCCCGUUGCUCCAGAAGUCAUGCUGGCCAUAUGACCUGGAAAGCUGUCUGUGGAAAACGGUGGCUCUCUUAGUGUGCAGCAAGAUGAGCGCCACACCCCAUAGUUGCCUUUGACUAGACUUAACCAUCCAGGGGUCCUUUACCUCCCCCCCCCCCCCACAAUAGUGGCAUGGCAGGAGGUGGCUUGGUGUGAGGAAAAGGGAACAAAAAGAGAUAAACGGCCCACAGUAAAUCAGCUCAUACAAAAUGGGCAGACUAGGAAUAUGGUGAAGUGGAGGGAGAGAGCUGAUUGGGGUAGAGAGAAGGGGGCUUUUACAAUUGCAACAAUUGGAGAGGGCCUUCAAUACUGAGGGCUAUAGUGCUUUCUUCACAGAAAGCCUUUGAUUGGAUUGACUUGCUAUAGACUUGGAUCUUUUCUUAAGACUUCUCUGUUUGUGCUGUCUCUCUCUCUGCUGAUGUCAUUGUCUGUCAUGAGUAGCCACCAAAAAAUGUGGCUAUUUCUAAAUUGCCCUUACUGGAACAGCACCCUUCCCGCUCAUGGAUUGGGUUUCUUUGGUGGUGCGGCAAGUUUCUGUUUGCGAAAGGCUUUUCUUGGUUUCCAAAGCAGACCUCUCUGACUUACAGGGGCACCUCAGACGGUCUGCUGCAUUGUCCUUCCAGCUUCAUGUCUCAGCCUGUGGAAUUCAGCUCAGUGUUGUUGGUCCUUAAGUCUCUUAGCAUCUCUUCUCAACUUUCCACAGGUUCUUAGCUUUUCACCACAAAUGCAACUGUCUUCUUGCCACUACCUCUGAAAUAUAGCAUUGCUUAAUCUGUAGGUUGAAUGCAGAUUAGUGGAUUUCUCUUGGGCAUCUCUUUUUACACUUUAUGUUGGGCUAUUUUAUAGGGGGGAAAUGAUGGGAAGACUCUUUGUCAUAUAGUCCCCCUGAAAGUAGCUAUCCAUAAUUUCUGUACUGAACAAUCUCUUUGAUCAACAGAAGUAGGGCAACUCCUAGAGGCAGGUAAAAAUUCCUUGUUCUGGCAGUAGUACUUCCAUCUUUGAUAUCUGCUCUGAUAUUCUGUAUUUCAGCCUUCCCCAUCCUGAUGUCCUCUAGAUAUUUUGGACUACAAUCGACAUCAUUCCUAGCUAGCACAGUUGGUUGCUAUAUGCUGUAAUACUGAGAGAGUGUGUGUGGGGGGGGGAAUUCUCCCAGUCUUCUUGUAGCCUUCCCUUUUUCAAUAACCUUUACAUGUAGAAACAAACAGCAGUCAUAUAACCUACUACAUAGUACAAUACUGCAAGCAAAUUGCUUCUGUGCUUGGUGUCUUAGACUCACAACAUUUUUCAUGGUCAGUAUAUUUAUUUGCACUGCCACAGGCCACUGUAAUUUUAACAAGUUAAAAACAAGGUUCUGUUUCUGUAGAAACUUAAUAAGUUCAGACAGAAUUGGGCAAUGUUUAUUGAAGAUAGGUAUAAGGCACAUUCUUGACAUGAUCCAAAAUAUUUAUUAGAGAUGACAUAAUAUAUACCAUUAUUUUUAAUGUAAUACUUGCAAUUUCUUUAUUUUUUCUUAACUUUUCUUUGUAAAUACAUAUGGUUUUCUAAAGGUGAAUACAAAUUAUAAAUAAAUUAAGAACAAGUAUUUGAUAGUCACUUCUUGCCAUACAAUCCCUCUUGGCUUGUGCCUGCAUCCUCCAAGGGGAGUUGGAUAAGAUUCUCCUCUCCCCUGGGCUUUUUUGCCCCAUCCCAGUUUCUUAUCUUUGCUACAAGAAGCGAAGAGGUCUCCUGUCCUAGAUCUGCCAAACACGAGGUACAAGAGAGAAUGCCAGCCACUCUUUGUGGUCAAGCUGUUUGCAUUGGGUGCACAGAAAGGCUACUUGAACUUGGUAAAGCAAAGAAGUUAUAUUAUUUCAGCAAGCACCCUUUAGCAUUGCAGCUCAGAGCUCAAGCGACAGAUUGGAGACACAUGGGAUGGGUGCCAAAGGAAGGCUUAGGGCUGGCGCUGGUGCUGGGAGUGUUAAAUGGAAUCUCAUUAAGGAGUUAUGUGCAUGUUUAACAAUUGGCUUCUCUUCAUGCUUGGCUAGGAGAUUUGGCCGGUGAACAGCACUGCUUUAGACAGCCCUUUUCACAAUGAUGCUGCUGUCACUUGGCAUUUGCAGCUUUGCAAUAAGGGAACUAUUCACAUCUUAAAGGCAAAGGCACCUUUUUGUAACUUCCCUCCAUUGCAUGGAGAGGCAAUUGCUCAAGCUGGCUUUUCAUGAUGUCUCAUUUUGAAUUGAGGCCAAGUGUUGUGCUUGUAAUGAAGAGUCCAUGUGUGGCUGCUGGGUGUGAGGCUAAGCCAGUAUGUGGAAUGUGUCUUAAGGACACCAAGCUGUGUACUUGACAUAGAGUUGCUGUUAAGACAUGUCUGGAUGGUGAACAGUGGGGAACUCAAAAUUCAGGCCAACAAGCAAGGGCAAAAAAGCAGCACAACACAUGGCUUGUAUUGUUAUGGGAAGUCUCUGCUUGGUGACUGAGCCAUGGAGUCAUGGAGAGGAACCUUAUUGAUCACAGCAGCAAAGAAGAAAGCAAAGGAACACACAGCAACUGGCAAACAGUGACUGUCUAAGACAGGCAUCCCCAACCUUCGGCCCUCCAGAUGUUUUGGCCUACAACUCCCUUGAUCCCUAGCUAACAGGACCAGUGGUCAGGGAUGAUGGGAAUUGUAGUCCAAAACAUCUGGAGGGCCAAAGGUUGGGGAUGCCUGAAGAGCUUCCCUAUGAAAAGUGCCCAAGUACUUAUAGAACAUGGAAGAGGGACUGAAGAGAAACUAAAUGUGUGCCCAGACAUAGUUGUUGGGAAGAAUGGAACAUGUUGAGAGAGUAAAUGAAUAUGUGAAGAACCGGGGCAGAGAAUGAAGAUCCAAAAAACAAUCCUCCCAUUCGUUCCCUCUUCCAGGGUCAUCUCAAUGCUAUUACCCACCUUUGCUCAAAUUGGACUGGUCAUAUGUCACAGUAAACAACAAACCAUGGUAUAUUGUAAAUGAGCAGAAAGCUGGUGCAGGCUGCUUAAUCACUCCCACUUUACUCCAACCUGGCUAGCACAGAAACAAACAAACCAGAAGGCUUGGCGUUACAUGCAAACUGAGGCAUGUGGUUUGUUUAGAAAGUGGGGGGGGGGGACCCUAAGUCAAGCCUGGUGGUUUAUUUGUCCAGGCAGGCCAUGCUAAAUAUUCAUAGCAAGCCAUAACCCAUAGGUUGCCAUGACAUGUGAACCAGACCAUUUCGUAACCUAUAAUUUCAGCUUGCAUGUUUUAUAAAAUGUAUACAAAAUGUGUGCUUGUUUUGUCUUCUCAGGUUCCAAACAAGUCUCCCUCGAAAGAAUCAAGGUAUGGUAUUCUGCUCUGCCAACAGAGUAAACAAACAAGCUUUCUCUAAGUCAGCCUGGUUUCUAAAUAGAUCUAUGGUGCUUCAACAUUUGUAUGGAUCAGCGUCCUGCACCAGCAUCUUAAUCAUGCAUCAUUCUAGGCUUUGUUGUUACAUACUAUGAUCUGUGGAAUGACCAUCUAAAUUAGUCCUAUAAACAUUUUAUUUUUACAUAUCUGUAAAUGAGAUAAAUCUACCCACCUUUGACUGAGGCCAGUUCCUAAUCUUGUGCCAUCUUUGCUGCUCCUGUGUUGUAUGAGAUUCCUUACUCAGCCAUGAUAAUGUAUUUAACUGGUAGCCACAUGCAGGCUGAAACUAGUGGAAAGUUCUGAAGCAACCAUACUUAUUGGGUUGGAAUGAACUGCCUUAGGUUUUUAUCUGUACCUAUAAAUGAAUGGAUAGAAUUGUUAAGACUUUGCUCACAGAACUAUGACAGAAAAAGAUUCUAGAAAAGAAUUCUCCUGUUUUAAGUGCAUUUAACAUAAAUGUAACUUUAUACCCCCCCUCUUGCCUUUUUCCUCAGUUUCUGGACAGUUUGGCUGAUCCCUGUUUUGGGAGCCAUAGUCUUGGGAUUGAUGUAUCGCUACUACGUGAUGGAUGGGAAAUCCUCCUGAUUUGACCUUGCUGAAGCUUUAGGACUGGAAACCAUGCCUUGCCACUGAAAAUGGUGGGGUCUUACUAAAUUCUGAUGAACACCUAGAUGUUGUCCUUCACUUGUAUCAGUCAGUCCAGCAGCCCUGGUGUCUGCAAAGCCAAGCGGGAAUUUGGUGGGGCCCACUGUUAUCUUUCUUGUAACUGCAGAAACAGCAACUUCCUGCCAUUCCAUGGCAUGGCAUUUCUGUCACCAUUGACCAUGAGUCACUUUUCAUCCAGCAGCUUCUGGUUCGUCGUGAUGGUGCCUCUGAUCCAUGCCAGCCUGUCCCAUUAAGUACCAGCAGAAUGAGAUGGCAUGCUGUCAACAUUCCUCUUUAGCAGGAGACCAGCAAGAGAAAUGGCUCCACCAGCACAGCGCAGACUGGGAACGGCGGCACACCUGCCUCUUUUCGGGUGUUUUCCUUCAGCUUCUUUCCGUACAUGGUUUUUGAAACGGUUAAAUGGGUACAUUUUUGUUUCAGUCUUCUGGUUUACAUAGUCCUAACUGUCUGCCUUUUUAAUCUGCCUGAUCUGUAAUAAAGGACUCUCCAGUUACUCUGGUCAGCGGCCUUGUUUUCCUGACUGAUUCUGCUACCUCUGGCAAAGCUGGAACUGGCCAUCACUUGCCUGCCCUUCUGCUUCUGCUCUUAAUGCCCUAUUUGAGCGUAGAACUCCAAGAAGCUGCUGUGGUACGAAGCUUGUGGCCUUUUCGCCAACUUUGUACCAGAAAAGCUUGCUAUGUUCUAAGUGCAAGCAAGUUGGUAUCAACACUGAGGGAGAGAAGGAAGCUGAAGGAAAUUGUGCCUCUAGGGUUGAAACAAGAGAUGAGGAUACCUUUUAGGUUUGUGCUUUUUCAUUUGCUCUGAAGCCUGAAACAAUGCAAGCAAGUAGCACAAGACAGGCAUUGUGCUGGGAUAAUUCCCUUCCUUCUCACAUACUCCCCCUAAUUUUGCCUUAAGUGUGUUAAGGGGAAGGACAGCCAUGAAGCUAAAGUUAUCCACUAAGAUAAUUUUGAUGUUGCCUUUCUUCAUGGGAGGUCAAGGACUAUAGCUUCUUAAAGGAAAUUUUGGCAUCAUAAGUAACAUCUAGUGUAAAACUGGUGGCUUGUCUUGAGAUUGCAGUUUUCUGUUGGAUAACUUUGGGGGUUUAGAGUAGUUCAUUUAUGGCUCUGAACCCCUCAGGCCUGAGCACUGAAUAAACCCAGUUCUUAGUAUAAUCUUCAGUUACAUAUCUUGACAGUUUGAAACUAACCCUCCAGGGUUUUUCUCUUGUCUGUUACUAGGCUGUCCACAGUCCUCACCGGUUUGACUGUUUGCUGAGAUCAAGGCUGUUUUUGCUAAGGUCAGGUGACUUACACUGUUUUGGAAAGAGUCUCGUAAGCAGAUAUGCAUAAUCAUGUUUCUUUAAAAUUAGUUUUCUAGCAAUGUUUGGUCAACAGUUUUUUGCCUACAUAUAUAUCUGAGAGCACAUAAAAGCCUUAAAACCAUCAAUGCAAAAAGAAGAAAAAAUGCAGCCAGCAGUUAAAUUGGUUCUAUGGGCGAUUCUCUGAAGACUGGCUGACAGGCUUGUGUCUGUUCUUGUGUCUGUUGAAUUUAGAUGAUAAGGGAGCUAGAUAUAUGCAUGUAUCUCAGUUCUCCCUCGCUGUAAAUCCAAGGUUCAGAUCUUGUUGUCUUGGAAACUAAUCUGUCUGGAAUAGCAGUUAUGAUGGUAAACACUCAAGAAGCUGUCUGGUUCUGAGGAGGGGGUUGGAGUGCAGACAUUCUACAUGUUCACGGUUCCUUUCUUAAAACCCUGAGCCUGUGUUAAAAGUUGUCAUUGACUAUGUUAGUUGAACUUGCUGUUGCUGUUGCACCAGCAUCUUAGAAAUUAAUUUUUUCAUUUCCCAAAGGUGAUCCCGAAGACAAUUAUAAAUCUGGUUGAAUUU